GCCUCCGCAUUGUGCAACUGCAGCUGCAGUCAGUUCGAAGAGGCAGAUGGCCAUUUGUUGUAGCUGCAGUCGUGCAGAGCACUUUGUACCCGGCAUUUACUGGCAUACCAAACGCUGAUGUCCAGACUCCUGACAUUUCGCACUGAGUCCGUAGUUGCUAUCGUGAACAGCAUCACGAACGGUAUGAUUACUUUCCGCUACAAGUACUGCCAUGCUCAUCGCAGGGGGUUCAAUGAUAAUCGGGAGUGAUUCCUGGCCUCGCAAGCAGAUGAUCGGACUUUCCAAGCUGACCCGUGGCGCGCGGUGCCCACAUCAAACCUCUUUCUUGACCGUGCACACUGAUCGCACCCAGUUGGGCCAGUACCUGUGUCGUGGCCCUGACCAUUCGGCCUAGUGCGAACUUGAUUUUGGAGACGAGUCAUUCGGUGUAUCAAUUAUCAAUAAUUAUUUGCUGAACAGCUGGCUGCAGUCACCGGGAAACGGCUUUGGCCAUAUUAUUAUUAAAACCAACUGCACACAGUAGUGACAGUACCGUGUGAACUGCCACGGUGCCAGGCGGCGGAGACCAAGGUUGGACGACGCCGGGGCCAUGCAUGCCAAAGCCGGCAGUAUAGUGGCGCGUCGGCCAGUGCAGGCAUUGCUGCUGCGGCGGGCGCAGAACCACUCGGUGACUGGCGAUGGCCUGCUGCACCGCCGUUAUGCGCGGUGCCAUAGCACAAGCAGUGAGUCACGCUGCACGCACUCCAGCAGCAACAACAGCAGUAGUCUAGUGCAGGAACUAAUGUGCGGUAAAGGCUACAGCGUACUGCCGGGCCUAGUGUCGGCUGAUGACGUGCAAAAAGCCAAGUCGAUCAUCGUGGAGCAUUCAGAAUCGCACAGCGACAAGGUAACUCACUUCCAAGGCGGCCAGGAAUCGCGUAGACUGCUGCAGCGGCGCGUGUGGAACCUGCUCAACAAGGGCGAGGUGUUUGAGCGCAUUGUGCAGCUGCCACGGCUCAUGGAAGCCGUCGGUGCUUUCCUUGGUGACCAGUUCUGCAUGGGCUCGGUGGCAGCCAACCGUAUCUUGCCGGGUGGUCCGGGUCAAGAGCCCCAUAUUGACUACCCGUACUGGGACAUGCAUAAACCAUCAUCGUUUCCGAACAAUAUCAAUGCAUCGUUUCCGCUGAACUGUCAGGUGACCAUACUGCUGGAUGAGUUCACCCCGCAGAACGGUGCAACGGCAAUCUUGCCCGGCUCUCAAGUUUGGUGCCGCUACCCUCAGGAGGGCGAGGAGAAGAUGUUCUUUGACAAGUGCGAGCGCAUGGUCGGCAAGGCCGGCGAUGGUGUUAUCUUCUUUGGCCUGGCGUGGCACUGUGCUAUGCCUAAUCACAGCAGUCGAGAUCGCACUGGCGUCCUCAUACAGUACCUGCCCAAGUUUGUAAAGCCAAUGGAGGACCAGCGGGCUGGAGUCUCACAGCGCGUCCUCGAGCGUGCCACUCCGGAACUCAAGCAGCUGAUGGGACUGACCUAUCCGUAUCCACAAGUACUGGACGAGGCUGCUGCAGGCAACACAGAAGGAAGACAACUCUGACCUGGACUUCUUUGAGUCGUAUUAUGGCACAGAUUCAUUUCGACGUCUACUUGUACACAGUCAGACCCAGACACGCUCUGUGGCCUAGCUGAUUUGGUAGGAUUGAGGACUCUCAUCACUCACCAGUCAGAUACCUUAAUGCCAUCGUGGCUUUGACAACUUCACACAACAGAUUGGAGAUUACAAGCAGGCACGGAACAGAAAUCUGAGUGCUAGACCCAGUAGUGCUAUAGCGUUAUCACUUAUCAGGUACUUGAACCAGUAGUACUGAAGUACAACUUGCUCGGUUUCAAGUGCAGCACAGCUACUCCUAGGGUUUAUUGAUCCAUGAUCAGCCAUUUAUGUCACAUUGUAGUGAAAGGUCCCGCAUCAAGUUUCCCAAAAGUGCCAAAUGCAGCAGUGUGUUCAACUACUAGUACAUCAGGAACAACUGGAGACUAAGUCCGAGCACGCAGAAGCCGAUCAUCAGACAAUACAGUGCUUUUAUGAAGACUUUUAAAAAGAAAUACUUCAGUAACUUCUUUUUCUUAUCAUAAAGCCUGUCAACUUGAAAACAUAAUUAUUAUUUCAACGUAAGAGAAGUUUGUGACGUAUCUAAAUAGACAGUACAUGUAUUUAAUUUUUCAAGCAUGCCAAAAUGACAAUAAUGCUGAUGUCUAAGCACAGUUUAAUAAUAGCAAACCUGGAACUGGCACAGGAUGGUGCAGAGAACAAAAUUUCAACAUUGAGAGGGCCCAAUGGCGGUGUGAUGCGUGACUGUGAAGCAAGGAGCUGAUGUUGUUUUUCUUUUUAAAUCCAACGCAUUCUAUUCAAGUAAAGCAUCACGAGAAGAUGUAGAUCUACCAGAGACUAAAAUUAUUACAUCAAUGCACUACAUUAGCCAUAAUAUGUCAGUCUUUACAUCUGAA